AUGACAGCCCGACAAGACUCCGACAACCUCGCAUGGGACCGGAGCGACGAGCUCUGGGAUGAGGCGGUAAAGCAGGUUCGAUUGUCAUCCCGGUGUCGGAAAAUCGAAUCAUUUGCCGAGGGCAUGUUCAGAAAGCCUGCCAAGUUGAUCACCCCUUUAAUCAUCGGCGGCUUCAACGUCUUGUAUCCCAUCCGGCUCGAGGGCGCUUCCGAUACUGUCCUCGUUCGCCUGCCGUGCCCCAACCAGGCCGUGUUCCCUGAGGAAAAGACACUCGCAGAGGCUGCAACAGCAACGUAUAUCGCUCUGCAUACACGACUCCCGGUCCCGAAAGUUUUGCAUCAUGGUAUACACUCGGAUAUCGGUCCGUUCAUGGUCAUCCAAGACCUCGGGUCCCGGAAGACCCUGAGCCAGGCUCUGGAGGCUCCUCGCCAGGAUUCCAACGAGACGGUCGUCCUCAACCCCGAAAUUCCCGAAAGCAGGCUCAAGAUGCUCUACGCGAAGAUGGCCCGAUGCGUGCUGCAGCUCGUACAACCUACCUUUCCGCGCAUCGGUGCCCUCGUCGAAACGGGCCCUGCGUCCCACUGCGUCGCGGGACGGCCCAUCACUCUGAACAUGAGCAACAUGGUCCAGCUCUCAAACAUACCUGAGUCGGUAUUUCCGCCCAAAGAUACCACGUACCAGACCGCCGACGAGUGGUACGCGGCGCUGGCCGAGAUGCAAAUGGCGACGCUAAUCUUUCAGCACAACGACAUGGUAUCCUCGGAGGACGACUGCAGGAACAAGUACGUCGCGCGCCAGCUGUUUCGCAGGCUAGCCAAGCAAGGGCGGCUAUCGAGUUACGGGUUUGCCGAGGACACCUGGUCCGCCCGCUCCAAGCGCGCUCGCGCAACGUUGCCGAUGCCCGACGGCUCGGGCGCCUUCCGCCUGUGGUGCGACGACUUCAGGCCGGCCAACGUCCUUGUCGACGAGGACGACGACGUGCUUGGGGCCAUUGAUUGGGAGUUCGCGUAUGCCGCGCCGACGCAGUUCGCCCUGGAUCCGCCGUGGUGGCUCCUCCUCGACGUGCCCGAGAUGUGGGACGACGGCAUCGAGGAGUGGGCGCAAGUCUACGGGGGCCGUCUGAGGACGUGGCUCUCGGCGUUGGAGGAGGCGGAGACGGAGAUGGGCGCCGGGUCUACUUUGCCCCUUUCGGCGUACAUGCGGGAAAGCUGGGAGACUGGCCGUUUCUGGCUCGAUUAUGCCGCGAGGAGGAGCUGGGCGUUCGAUACCGUUUACUGGAAGUACUUGGACGGCCGCUUCUUUAGCGAGGGGCGCGAGAGUGAUAGCCCCGUGGAGGAGCGGUGGAAGACGAGGGUGCAUCUGCUCAGCCCGGAGGAGCGGGCUGCGAUGGAGGUGAUGGUGAGGGCCAAGAUGGAGGAAUCAAAGGAGCGGGUUUUGGUUGAAUGGGACGCUGGAGAGGCAAAGCAGCGCCUGUCGUCCUUCUUGUUCGACUAA